AUGCCAGAGGUGUUCAUCCUUGCCAACCAGGAUACUUUAAGGCAAUUCCAGAUUUCUGGAAAAUGGAAAACCCUUUAUGUUGCAGCCCGUAACAGAGAGAAGACCAGUGAGAAUGGCCCAUUCCAUGCUUAUAUGCGUUGGAUUCAUUUUGAAAAUGGAAAUAACAAAAUAUUCUUCAAGUUUUUUGUAAAGGUGAAAGGAAAAUGCACAGAAAUAUCUGCUAAGAGAAGAAAGAUUGCACCGAAUGUUUAUGAAGGCGACUGUGAGCAGGCGGUUUUACUGGUAAAAGUAGAUGAGGAUAAAUUUCUCUGCAUGCAUGGUGCCCUUUCAGGCAGAGGAGAUAAAGCUGAAGAACAAGACUUUAAGAAGUUCAAGGAGGUGACGAGACAGAAGGGGAUUCCAGAAUAA